AUGGACGAAUCAAAUCACCACGCAUUUCAGUUUGUUAACGACAAUCAAUACAUGAUUGAGUUGAGCCUACAAAAAUCACAAUAUCCCGAAAUAGUCAAUAAAUUGUUAACCGCCGAAAAGAUAAUGACUACCGAGAGUCCAAAACUUAGUAGACACGACUCCAAAGCCUACAAAAUCUUCAAAUACUACGAACCUCAUCACAUUCAUGCACAAUUCAGAGUGUGCGACUACGAAUUCACCGAGCUCAACCGUCAAGGUAACAUUGAUCCCAUAAAGAUCCAGCGAAUCAUCCAACGACUUCAGAAGCCCGUGAGCCAAGGUUAUCAUCACGCCAAAUAUCUGUUGAGUGGAAUAUAUUUUUUGAAUCCCUGCAUGCGAGAGGAAUCCGACAGACUACUUAAGGAAGCAGCGAGUUGGGAGCUCGUGGUGGAAGAAGAAGAGAAAGUUUAUAUUAACGCCGAGGCGAAGAUCGAAUAUGCAUUUAAUUGUUUAAUGAAGGAUGAGAAUAAUUAUGAGUUGGCAAAAGGUCUCCUGUAUGAAGCCUACUGUACAGACGAUCAAUUCCUGAGUGACCGAGUGAAGAAGUUCAUGCGUGAUUGUUCCAACUGCUUUAACAGGCCAGUUCCAAAUUGGGCCAAGAACUAA